AGGAGAGAGAGAACGGUGUAGACUGAGGAGAGGAGAGGGUGGAAGACUCGGUGUCCAUUCUGAGUACGCAGAUUCUUUGUGCUUUCCUCUCUUCUCAUCAUUCUGUAGUGCUCUAGUUCCUUCAUUCUCAAAGCAACUUCUCUCUCUCUCCCUCCUUCUCUCCUUCUAACCCUCUGUCUCUUAUGGCUGCCUCUCCUUCAUCUCUGGAAGAGGACUUGACAUGCAGCGUGUGCUGCGACAUCUUCCGGGGGCCCGUGUUGCUGGGCUGCGGUCACAACUUCUGCUUGGAGUGCCUGGGCAGCCACUGGAGCUCGAGUCCAGGCCGUCGCUGCCCCCUGUGCCAGCAUUCCUCACCCCGGCAACCCCUCCUCAACAUCAGCCUCAGGAGCACCUGCGAGUUCCUCCGGCAACAACAGCAGAAGCAGCAGCGGCAGCGACAACAACAGCAGCAGCAACAACAGCAGAGAGAUGCCGCGGCCCAGAGAAGAAAGAAAGAAAAGAGGAAGAAAGAUGAAGAAGAGGAGAGGGCCUGGCUGUGCUCUUUGCACGGCCAGAGGCUGUUGUUCUUCUGUGAGACGGAGGGGAAGCCUGUGUGCACAAAGUGUAAGGACAGCAGGCACAAGGGCCACCGUGUCCUGUCCUUGCAGAGAGCACUGAAGGAACGCCAGGCCAAACUGUCAACAGCAAUCAGACCUCUGAAACAGACACAGGAUUUGCUCAAAAGUGGCUCCAAUAAUAUUGCUAAGAGCCAAGUUGAGGACACAAAGAGGAAGAUCAAGAAGGACUUUGAGGAGCUCCAUAAGUUCCUAUUGGACGAGGAGGAGGCCAGACUGAGCGUGCUCAUACACAAGGCGGAUUCCUGCAACAGCGCCUGGAAGGCCGAGGCUGACGGACAGAUCAGCAACCUCUCUCAGAAACUGAAAGACCUGGAGGAAAAGAUGGAGAUGGAAGAUGACCUCAGAUUCCUGCAGGACUUCAACUCUAUCCUGUUGCAGGCACAGAGCUCUGAGCCAGAGUCUGCACUUCCAGCGUUUUCAGGCUCGUCAGCUCCAGCGACACAGCGUAUCGAUGUGACCAAGCACGUGGGGAAUCUGAAAUUCAGAGUCUGGGAGAAGAUGAAGGAGAUAGCACCAUACUACCCGGUGACCCUGGAUCCACAUGCACCCCUCUGCUUCCUGUCUCUGUCGGAUGACCUGGCCGGUGUCAGCAGGGUGGACAACAAGUGGCCCCUCUUCUCGGUGCCGGGGUCAGAGGGCAUCGCCGACGACAACUUCCACUCGUGGGACGUCGACGUGGGAGAUGAGGAUGCAGAGUGGAUGCUGGGACUGACGAUCUAUCGACUGAACCUCAGACACUCUUCCCUUUCGCCAGAGGGAUACUUCUGGGCCAUCCGGAAAUCAGGUGGUGAGUUCCAGGCCCUGACUGCCGUCACAUCCGUGACUCGUCUGCACUUGACCAGCAGAACCCGUGUGGUGCGGGUGCAGCUAUGGCGACCUUUGACCCUGAGGGAUCCGCCCACCCGGAGUUUGAGGCUUCUGGACGCCCAGACUGGCACAGAGAUUCAUACGUUCAACGACGUCCCGUGCCAGGUGCCCGUCUACCCGUUCCUCCUCCCCACAAAGAUGUCGUCCCCGCUCAGGCUGAUGCCAGCGCAGGUGACCGUGCUGGUGAAAGAGGAGGCGAGCUUCAUGCAGAAACAUGCCAACACAUUUACCACCGUUGCCACCACAUGCAAGACCGUUGCCACCACAUGUAUGGCCAUUGCCACCACAGUCUGGACCUCUGCCACCGCAUUCAUAACUUUCAUUAAGAAUUCCUUAAUGGAUGAACACGCUCACUAGCUGCUCAAAGCUAAGUUCAUGCAGAUAGAAAGAUGUUUGUGUUAUGGUUCACAAGGUUAACAGAUCAUUUUUUUAAUGGUGUAAUAUGCAAGACAAAUAGGUAUCGUAGAAGCGCGUGGCUGGAUUGAUGCAGGAUCUCAUAAGACUACAUAUCCUAUUCAACUUUUUUCUGUGCUCAAAACUGUUUCAAAAUAAAAGUCCAAAAUAAAAGACCGAUAAACAUGAAAGGCAGAGCUAGAAUUGCAUGUAUGUCCCUCCUGGCUAAUGUUUUCUAAAGAUGUCGCCAUGCAGCCGAAUCGCUCGUAUGUAUUCUGAAUGGCAGAUUGUACGCUUACGAGAAUACUUUGAUUUGUUGGUGGAAAUAAUUACACAUGAAUGAGCACAUAUUUUUGGAAGAAAACAUGUUUAUGCUAAGAAUUGACCCAGAAAAACUGCAGAAUGUGCACAAUGCUUUAAACACAUUUAAAACAAUCUACCCCAACAUCAAUUUAACUACUAUCUGUCUAUCAACAAUUAUUAAAUUGUCUUUCAUGAACAACUUUUAAACUAUCCAUAAUCAACUUUUAAACCGUCUACUUUUACAUGAUCAACUUUCAUUACACUAUGCAACCACCAUGUCUACCCUAGCAACACCUUAGUAACCAUAUUUACAUUAUCUGUUUAAACUAUACAUUUUUUAUGUGUUCCCAUGAAAAAAAUCAUUUUGAUCCUUAGGGUUUUCUUCCUUCUUUGAAGUUUUAUUCUUAUGUCUUUUAAAAAUUCAUAUAGAAAAAUAAAAUUAAAUACCAUAAAGAUAUUUUUGCACUGGCAACACAAGCUGAUGGGUAAUCUGUCACCAAUGGUUCUAUGACCCCAUGGCCUAGAUUGGUCAAGCGAUGUAUUCAGUGAUGAUUUUACUCCCAGCAAUUACAAAGCAAUGUACUGAACGAUCUGAACAGUUCAUAUGCAGCUGUGAGGAGGGACUAACCACCACACUCACUGUGUACUGUCCAUUAUUGUGAAACUUGUGAAACUGGUUGGUAUUGUAGGAUUCUUUAGUGGUUUGCGUUGUGUUUCAGUUUCGAUGUUCUAAUGUCUGAAUUGAAG